ACGCACCGGCGCAGAACAAAGGGCCAGACAUGCUCCGAACCCGCUCCGCCUCCUCCUGGCUCUCCUCGGCCAGGGUUACCUGCGCAGCACCACGCUCUGAGCAGGAGCCCUUGCCAGCCAGGGACCCCACUCCUGCAGGAUCCCUGUGAGCGUAGCUUCUGAAGUCCAAUGGAUCUAGUCCCAGGAAAGUGCUGCUAAGGUCUCUCUGUCCUUCCAUGCUGUCUUCAAGCCCUGCUUCCUGCACAUCUCCCAACCCGGACAAGGAGAAUCCAAGUAAGAAGGUCCGGUGGGCUUUUGCGAGGAGGAGGACAUCAUCCACGGACUCCGAGUCGAAGUCCCAGUCUGACCCCGUCCGACCCCGGUCCCGGAAACCCAGCCGGCUGACGGUGAAGUAUGACCGGGGGCAGCUCCAGCGCUGGGUGGAGAUGGAGCAGUGGGUGGACACCCAGGUUCAGGAACUCUUCCAGGACCAACCAACUUCUUCAGAGCCUGAGAUCGACCUGGAGGCUCUCAUGGAACUAUCCACAGAGGAGCAGAAGACUCAGUUGGAGGCUCUUCUCCAAAACUGCCCCCGCCCCACAGAGCCUUUUAUCUCUGAGCUGCUCAGUCAACUCAAGAAACUUCGGAGACUCAGUCGACCUCAGAAAUAAGCCUUGUGAGACUAGCUUCAUCAGCCUCAGCACUGCCCAGUCUGCCCUGAACCCCUGGGUCUUCGGCUGGGUGGGAAACAGCUCCUUGGGACCCAGACGAGGAACAUGGAGAAUGAGGAGGGACAUUUGAACGCCACUGUCCAUGUGCAGCCACAGCUGGUUCCUGUCAGCUGCACUGUCUGGGAGCCAGUCAUGGCUGUUGCCCAGUGCCUUCCCAUCAGCCAAGUGGAUAAAACCUUCAGGAGCCCCA